UUGACAAUUUCCUAAUAAUAAGAAAAAAAAUGACCUUGCAAAUCAAAACAAAACUGAAAACCCACAAUUUUCAUCAGUAAUAUUUCGAUUGCUGUCAAAGAAAGUCUCUUAACUCCCAAACUAUAAUUUCGACAUCAUGUUUCGUACGAAAUGUAAGGAACACGAUCACUCGUCGUUUUAUAGGUUUUUACAAAUGGAGCAAAACCAAAAGAACACGGACUGCUAUUUUUAUUAUUAUUCCAAAUGCUCUAAGGGCGAUAACUGUGCGUUCAGGCAUGAACCAUCAGCAUUGGGUUGCGAGACUGUUUGUUCUUAUUGGCAGCAAGGAAGCUGCCUCAAUGAGCAUUGCAAUUUUCGGCAUAUGGAAUUAAAGAAAAAUCGCAAGUCAAUUCCUUGUUAUUGGGAAGGACAACCAAGUGGUUGUAUGAAACCAUAUUGCCCAUUUCUUCAUAGAAAUCCAAAACCAACACAAAAUGCUUCUGUUAAUCAGGUGAAGGUAUCAGAAACAAUUUCAACGAAGCCAGUUAAUCAAGAAUGGUCAACUCGUCAAGAAGACUCAAAAUUCGAUGCUAGUAGCACUGAAUCUGAUCAAGGACGUGGUAGCAGUGAAGCGGGCAGUUUCAUUGGAAGUCCAGCUGUGGAUCCUCUGAUUGUCAACUUUGAAGAAGAAUCCGAUAGCGAAGGAGGUUGUUCACCAGUAAAAAAACGGAAAUCCAGAGUGGCGUAUUGCAAAACAUAUGAGGAAAUUCGUCUCGAGGAAAUUCAAGCAGAGAGUGCAGCUUUUUAUUCCUAUCAACCGGACGAUUAUUUGUGUUCAAGUGGUGGUGGGAAAUUUAAAAAAAUAACAACAAUUCGUACACAAAGGGAUUCACCUCUUUACAAUUCAUCAUUAUCAUCAUCAUCAGAUUCAGUUAAUUUAAAUUUCAAAAUUUUAACACUCGAAGAAAUUCGUCGAAGGAAAAUUGAAGCCAAUUCAUCUUCUUCCGAUCAAACAACAACAACAACAACAACAACAAUACAAAGUGAUGAUCAAUCAACUGAGGAAUUUUUAAAAGAUGCAAUGAAAACUUUAGAAAAAUUAAAAGCAAUCAACAAUGAAAGGCGAGAGAUAAAUAAAAGAAAGCAUUCUGAAUUGGAUGAAAAUUUCGAUGAAAUUUCACGAAAUAAAAUAUCAAAAAUUUUGGAUAAUAAAGUACCACCUGUUAGAUUAAGAAGAUCAUUGAAAUUUUCUCAAUUUACAAGUAAAAAUUUAUCAGAUGAUAAUGAUAAUAUGAAAAUUGAAAAAAAGAAUGAAAAUCAAAAUGAUUCAUUCUCAAAAGUUGAAGUUAGAGUUUGUGAUAGUAGUACAACAGAUGAUGUUGUUGAAAAAAUUUCAGUAUCGACUGAGACAAUUGACUGUGAUAAUUCAAAAAUAAUUUGCAAUAAUUCACUUGUCAUUGCUGAAGAAGAGGAGGAGGAGGAGGAGGAUAUUUUAAAAGAUAUUGAGGCCUUAUUAUAAGAACAAAAAUCACUG